AUGAAAAAUCAAAGUUUUGUAACCGAGUUUGUUCUCCUGGGACUUUCACAGAAUCCAGACAUUCAGAAAAUAUUAUUUAUUUUAUUUUUGUUCAUCUUUAUCACAACUCUGAGUGUCAACUUGCUGAUUGUGGUGACCAUCCUCAGCAGCCCAACACUUCUGGGUUCCCCAAUGUACUUCUUUCUGACCUUUCUGUCCAUCCUGGAUGUAUGCAUCUCAUUGGUCAUUGCUCCAACUAUGAUUGGUGACUGCCUCACUGAAAAGAAAACUAUCUCCUUUAUAGGCUGUUUGACCCAACUUUUUGCUGUACAUUUCUUUGCUGGGGUAGAAUUGAUCAUUCUAACAGCCAUGGCCUAUGACAGGUAUGUGGCCAUUUGUAAGCCCUUGCACUAUACUUCUAUCAUGAACUCAAGGCUCUGUGGUAUUUUGGUGGGAAUAGCUUGGACAGGGGGCUUUCUGCACUCCACUAUACAAAUCGCUCUUACUUCCCAGCUCCCCUUCUGUGGUCCCAAUAUCAUUAAUCAUUUCAUAUGUGAUUUGAACCCAUUGCUGAAGCUUGCCUGCACUGAUACUUAUAUUUUUGGCCUUUUUGUCAUGGCUAAUAGUGGCUUUAUGUGCAUCCUAAUUUUUUCUUUGCUACUUGUGUCUUACAUGUUUAUCUUGCACUCACUGAGAAACCAUAGUUCUGAAGGACAGAGGAAAGCCCUCUCCACCUGUGGCUCUCACUUUGCUGUUGUGGUUUUGUUCUUUGUCCCAUGUAUAUUUGAGUAUGUUCGGCCUCCAUCUGCUCUCCCCAUUGACAAAAUAGUAGCAGUAUUAUAUUCUAUUUUCCCACCUUUCUUCAACCCUUUGAUUUACACUUUCAGGAACAAAGAGGUAAAAAGUGCCAUUUGGAAAUUGUGGAAUCGAUUAAUGGUCAUUCUUGAUUAUAAAAAGAUAAUUAAAUAG